AUCUUAUAGGCUUGUGACGGCAUACAUAGGCGUACGAUUCAGAAGCCGUAUCUCAGCCGUGCGGGGCGCGUGGCCGGGAAGCGAGGACGUGCAACGGCGGAAAGCACAUGCUGCUCCAGAGGCAACGACAGAUGCAUCCGCCGGAGCAGCACGCGUGCACGUGGUCCACGCGCUAGCGCGCCUCAGAAUUGCCGCCGGGCACCGCUGGCGUCGGCGUCGAUCAAUAGAGCGCGCGCGGCGCGGGUGGCGGCGGCCCCUGUCGCCGGGCCCCGGCGCAAGGCCCCCCUCGCCGACGGUGCGUCCAAUGGGCGUACGCGGCCGUCCGCCCGCCCCCGGUGGCGGGGAGGGGCGAGCGGUGCGCGGUGCCGGCCGGCCCGCUCCCCUCGGUCUCCGGCCGGAGGCGUUGCCCAGAGCCGCUUGGGGCGCCACGAGCGGACCCCGGCCGAGCCCCGCGGCGUCCGCGCACGGAUACGAGGAGUCAGCCGGCCGCCGGACUCUAUGGUGGCGGCGCACAUGGAACCCGCCAGAGCCAGCCCUAUGUCGGCGCGGGCCAAGGACUUCUCCAUCGAUGCCCUCAUCAGCCGCCGACCAUGCGACAGCUCCAACGACGGCUCGGACGCCGACACCCCUGGACCGCCGCUGCUGCUCGACGCCGACAAGCUUUGCGAGCCAAGCAGCCCCGUGCUGCUUCGCACCCAGCGGCGCUCGGCGUCGUCUCCGGAAGCUGGAGCGCCUGGUCUGCAGUUCCUGGGCCGCUUCGGCGGCCCUGGCUCGGCAGCGGCGCGGCUGGAAGCGUCGCCGCCCUCGAGCGUCUCGUCGCUGGCCGACGACGAGCUCGCGGACGCGCCCGGUAGUGACUUCACCUCCCCAGCGAGACGACCCGACAGCGAGCCCGGCGUCGCCGAGUCCGGCGGGGCGGCGACCGGUGGCGCGCGGCCCGGCAAACAGCGCGACGGCACUUCCAAGGGCUCCGCCCGCGUCGAGAAUCCCCAGAUCUUGCCCCGCUGCAACUGCGACGAGUUGAGGAACGCUGACGCGCAUCUGGAGACCAAAGACCUGUGGGAGAAGUUCCAUGAGCUUGGCACCGAGAUGAUCAUCACCAAGACAGGAAGGCGGAUGUUUCCAACGCUACGCGUCUCAUUCAACGGCCUGCAUCCUGACGGGCGCUACGUGGUCCUACUGGACAUCGUUCCUGUGGACAACAAGCGGUACCGGUACGCGUACCACCGGUCUUCGUGGCUGGUGGCCGGCAAGGCGGACCCUCCGUCGCCGGCGCGCCUCUACGCGCACCCGGACUGUCCCUUCACGGGGGACCAGCUGCGCAAGCAGGUCGUCUCCUUCGAGAAGGUCAAGCUCACCAACAACGAGAUGGACAAGCAGGGACACAUCGUGCUGAAUUCGAUGCACAAGUAUCAGCCACGGAUUCACUUGGUCAAGCUGCGGCCGGACUGCUGCUCAAAUCCACCUGUCAUAACAGACCUUGAAGCGGAGCAAUUUCGCACUUAUAUCUUCCCAGAAACAGUAUUCACCGCUGUCACAGCAUAUCAAAAUCAAUUAAUAACCAAACUCAAAAUAGACAGCAAUCCAUUCGCCAAGGGCUUUAGAGAUUCAUCAAGGCUAACAGAUUUAGAAGGGGAAUCUGUGGAGACUUUACUUCGAGAGCAUGCUUUUCGACACUCGCCCUUCAGGGCUUUUAUGACUGGAGAUUUACCACCAGAACACCAAUUCCUCGCCACUGCAGGUGCAGCCCUGGGCCGACUGCCGACGGGGAGUGAACUCCUAUUGCUGGCCAACGGCGCGUCCCCCUGGAAAGUACCCACUGUGCCCAUGGCCAUGGCAGACUUGACGGCACUUAUGAGCGCCCAGCAGCAGCAGAUGCACACGCUACCCGGCUUCUACUUGGGCUUCCCGCGCACGCUGUUCCCACCCUUCACGAUGGCCGGCACAGCAGCGGCAGCACCCGUUCCGCCUGCGCGCUCACCGUGCCCACCGCCACCAACGUCACCGACGGCAGCAGGCCGCGCGGCCCCCAGUGCCAGUUCACCCGGGCCGCCGCUGUACCCACCGCGCGCAGGCGCCGCCGCGGCCGCCGCUGCCUACCCUGGCCUCAAGUUCCACCCCUACUUCCACCCGAGGCUCCUCAGUGCCGCCGCGGGGCCGCGGGAAGGCAGCCCCGUCGAAUACGACACCGCCGCACCGCAAGUGUGAAAGCUGCCUCGCCAGCAGUCCAUGUGCCCGGUGUGUGCCAGUGUGUGGCCAGUGCAAUGAACAGACAGUUCCACAUCUGUACAGUCGCAACCAUGUUAAGGGACUACGAACUGCUGAACUGCAUGUUGCCCUUGGCAAUGGUACGAUGUCCUACGUGUCUAUUAGCUUGCAGGUCAACGUGUUGCUCUGUAGCGACGCUGAAUCUGCACCACUUCCGGAAAUGUCGAUUUUUGGAAUCUGGCACCCUCAUAUAUGGAAUCGCCUGGUUUUUCCCACUGUCAUUUGUGCACAAAGCCCAUCAUCUUCUGUGCACAAAAUAAUGGCGUGUUUGUUUGCCACAGCUUCUGAUAGCUUGGCACUGUUAUUACGGGUGGACUUUAAUUAUCGGCCCAUGAGCCACUUCAGAUUGCACUUUGUGAUGACAAAGAAUAGUUUCUCCCUUUUUUCCCAUCACCUCAUGCUUGACUGCCGGCACCAAUGUGCAUUCGUCUUGCACAUCCUAUCUGAAAGCAUGCAGCUCAGAUGCAACUCUUUAAAGCUCAAGUCAAAUUCUACGUUUUGAUUCUUUGCGUGUGCAGCAAAUGCAUUGUACAAAUUUUCCGUCAUGAUUAUCGUGUGGCCCUUGCCUCUUGUGAAGUUGUUAUGUCCACAUAGACGAGGUGGGAACAGCUGCACCAACCUUUCCAUAUCAAUCCCAGUUAACCUUUCCCUACCUCACCUACCAAUGUGAAGAGACAGUGUAGACUACAAUUAAUAGUUAUGGAAAAUUACAGUACAUUUGGCUUCCAUCAGUUUUAGGUCACCAGACUGGAGCCGGAUGUUGGAAACAUCAAUGAAAGACCAACCUUUGCAUGAGUGUGCACUUUUUGAAUCUUGCCUUUUCUUUGCUUGCCUUGCUUUUUGCAAUUGAAAACAUUCAAACUUUUACUGUGUAUACCUUCUGGCCCAGCAGCAACCUCUGAGCCCUAAAGUAUGUUUGUGGCUCAUGGAGGCUUACUAUCAGCUGGCUUUCAUUUCUUCAUCAAGAUAUGUUUAACUGAAAGCUGUAGUCUGUGACUUCAUUUUAAAUAUAGAGCCAAUGCUGAGUACUUGCAUAGCAUGUAUCUGGUAUUCUCAGUUACAUUCCUUGUAGCAGUAAAUGUAUCUGCAAGGAAUGCAGACAGUGACAUAGCUCAUCACUUCUAUGUCCAUAUCUGCAAGGGCAGUCACCCUGCAAAUUUGGGAGGUGAUUGCUGCCCUUGUUCCCCAUCCUCACUUCUGGCCCACACUGAUUCUCAAGUACUUCCCACUUCCAUAACAGCUCCUUUGACUUUCAUUUCUAUAAAUUAAAGUGAAAACAGCAUAAGAGGAUAAGAAGGAUGGCUGGACCUAGAAACUUAAAUGACUGUAUUUUUCUUUUAGCUUAUCUGCUUUGACAUUUGGCAGCGUCUUCACUCCACUUGUGUACCACCAACAAUCGAGUAUAUUUGCAGUAAUGCUUCACAAUAUAAACAUUUGAUGGAACUGCACAGCAGAAGAACUUGCAUGAUGCAGGGACGAUUUCAUCAAUCCUAGAUGAGUCAUCCACUGUGUGAGAGCCUCUACAGCAGCUACAAAAGUGAGCAUCCACAGAUUGCAGUAGAUCAAAACUAAAGACAUCUUGUCGACAAAGCUUUAUUUUGAGGUGUUAAUCUCAAAAUAAAGCCAUGUGCCGUAGAGUAGUUAUCAGGAAACACAUUUCAUAAUAUUCGAUGGGAAACAAAGGACAGAAUCUUGCACUAACGUGUCUUGGCUGUUUCUGCCAAUAGUCGCCAUUGGUGUACAAACGUAGCGCCAUGAAACUUUCCUACUUAUGGGAAAAGGCUUUAGGAGUGUUGUGAUGCUCUCACUGCAACAGGUCUAUAUUUUAUUUCACUAAAUCUUUGCAACAAAGCCCCUUGGCUAACCAGGAAUGAGAACCUGAAGAGGGGCCUCUCCAUCACCUGCAAUUAAUCCAAUUGUGAGUGACACAGGCUGAACAGAAGGGUCAUGGGACGAUUAGUGGCUCAAAAUGGGCAGGCCCUUCAACUUUCACCCUGGCAUGCAGAUGGUAGUCAUUCCUGAUUUACUGACACCUGUAGCUUCUGCUGCACUGCACUAAUUUAACAAAACAGGUUACAGUUGCCUUGCUUUCUUCAAUUUCUUUUUUCUCAAUAGGAAAUAUUGAAUGACAGCUGUUUCUGCAGCACAAGAUAGCUCCUUUGAAUUAACAGUAUAAGGUCACCUUCAAAGUCUGAAAUAAGAUCAUGGAAAGGAAAUCUGGAAUGAUAAGUGUAGUUUCACAGUGAACUCAGAGUGUAAGCUACAAGCACAUGUAAGAUUACUUGCUAAAUUGAUUUGUACUGUUAAGUUAGAAAACACUGUCAUAGCAAAUGGUCACAGCCCUGUAUUUUGGCUUGACGUCAGUCCUUUCUUCCCUUCCUUUUCUUUAUAAUUCCUAAGUCUGAUGCAGUGUGCUUUAUUAGGCCAACAAUGAAGUGAUCUGCCACACAUUCAGUGCAUACAGUCGUGGCCUAAACUUUAGAAGCCACUGUGCGAGUGACAAGAACUGGCUGAAACCUGAUGCAAGGCUUUAGUCGCACUUCUAGUGCUCUGAAGCUCAAGAGAGUGAACAGCACUGUCCACCUCAAUAGCAAGGACGCUGGAGCACACAGUUUAUGGAGGCCUCAGUGCAGUGACAGCUCCUGUCACGCAUACACGGUCUUCUAAUCUUUCUGCAAAAGCUGUACAUCCAAGAGAUGCAACCAUAAACCAGUACCAUUCAUAAAUGCCAGGCAUUCACAUGUGCUUUUAUAUUAAUACACUGCACUUUCAGAAGUUGAGGCUUAUACUGCAGGAUGUUGCCAUAACAUGAUGGAAAGUAGCACAAAAAUAUGAGGGCGAUCGGACAAAGUGCUACUAUCACCUUCCUUCGUCCCUUAUUUUUUGCACAACUUCCCAUCAUGUCUACACACCAACUAGCCCAGCAAAGCAUCUUGCUCGAUGUUGCCAUAAAUUGGGCACUUUAAGAUGUCAGUGCUUUUACUGAAGAAAUGGUCCAGCAGCACACUUGUUCUCAGAGAUGGGAGCACAUACAGUAACUUUAACAUGUGUGGAGUUAAAGUAUCAAAACGUUUGUUGCAACAAAUUUGCAAAACUUAUAAAGCCCGAAAAUUGAUUUUAAUAAGUUCUCUUGACCAACAUGUUGGUAAUCACUACCCACUUCUCGUCCUUUUUCUUGUCAAUUCAAAAUUUUCACAAGCUAAUCAAGCAAAAUAUAAAAUUAAACAAUUCUAGACAUGUUAUUUUGGUUGCAUUUGUAUGAAAUAAAAAGGAUUGUCUGUUUAACUCAAACAGUCUGCCUGAACAGAAAACCAUCAUCUUUAAUAAAGAAAUCAGUUUUCUUGGCUCAAUGAAGUACAGCCAAGGCUUUUAAACUCUGUUUUGACAAGUUACAAAGGGCUGGUGGUACACAAUGUGGCCCUAAAUCUCGAGUCGAGAAUUUUAUGGGAAAGCAUUCCUGGCACAUAGUACAUAUCUUCUAUUGUUGUUGUUUUUGGUCCAAAGUUAACAAAAGACAUUACUUUUUUGCGGCACAGUUGAUGACGGAUGGUUAUUCUGCAAGGGUAAUCAUUUGACAUCCCAAAAAACUUUUGGCACUACGAGGAAGCAAUGAAAUUGCCUGCGCAGAUCUAUUUUCUGGGCUUAGUUCAGCUGUCUCCUGUUUUAUGCCUAACAAUUUCCCAGAAAAACUGUUCACUUAUCAGUGAACCAUGUACUACUGGGCGAUCAGUCUUUCUUGCAUCCUUAAAGUGUGUUUAAAAUUUGCUAUGAGAUUUCUUGAAGAGCUUUUAAACUUAUUUUAUGAAGACAUAUUUAGUGUUACUUUCUCACUGAGUUCGCGUACGAGGUACGUUGGCCGACAGUCAAUUAGGUGUUCAAAUAUCAUGUUAAUUUCUCUCAACAACUAGCAAAGAUUUGUUUCUUAAAAACAAGUGGCCCGGAAGAAGCAGUAUAAGAUGGAAAGCACCUUAAUUCUUCCUCCAUUGAGCACAGUGCUGUAUAAUUAAAUCUUGAUUGUAAAGACACUACAAAUCACAUCGCAUUCCAGCUUAACUCACACUGCACCAUCAGCAAGGAAACCACCUUAAGCUGCAAACAUUCCAGCUAUUAAACGGAGAUUGAAUAAUCACUAUUUACUUGUGCCAGCUGUCAAGUUUAAUAUAUUAUUCAGCAUGCGGAGGGAGACUCUUCUUUUCACUAGUCAAUGUCACUUGCCACAUAAAAGAUAACCUCUCGAAAAUGCUGUUCCAGUGUGCAUACACGUCUGCACAAGUGCGACCCAAUCACAUUGGUUUCAUUUCAUCACACUGAAAGCCUAACGGCUGGCGGUGGCUUGUAAGGGUACAAAGAAAGCACUCUAGAAAAAUCAAAAUGUUGAGCGCACAAUGUGCAGACACCAAGAUCAAGCUUUGCCAGACUGAUGCGCAUUUCCUUUUCAGUGAGCUAUACUUAAAUGGGAGGGCAACUUUAAGUGAUGGCUAUCAGACAUAAAAAAAUAGAAACAUUAUGAUGUUUAUAAGUGCACUAGGGCUUCUCCAUUUUUGGUGUGUGGACUAAAAAAAAAUUUAAGUCUGCUGAUAGCAGAGAGUCAAAUCACUGCCUUCGAAUGCUGGCUAUGAGCAUCUCAUUUAUUCUCUGUAGAAUGCUGUUGCUAAGGGAAACCAAGAAUCAGUGUAUCGCUAAAGCAGUGUCUGCAUGUGUGUGUGCAAAUGUGUGCAUGAGCAGCAGCCUUCUUGACACCUGCAGAUGUAAUGUGGUGUACACAUACAUGCAGGUAGGAGUAGUAUUUAAGCGCUAAAAUAUUAGUGAUAGCACACAACAUGAAGUACACAAGAUACUACUGGGUCAGUCGUGAAGGUCCUUUAAGAGAAUCGUUUGCUCAAGCCACUCCGACUGUCACGCUCCAUUCAUUCUAAGGUACACUAUUUCAUGCUUUGUUUUGUACAAUACUGUAUUCUACAACAAUGCUUCCUAUGCCGCACACAAGAGAGAGAAAUAAGGAACAAAAUAGGGAUAACGUGGUAACGAUACAUGAGAACAUUUCCAACAUCCAACAUUUAGUUAAACCUCUGUGUGAUACUCUUGCUAGCCAAAUAUAGAACAAUCCUUUCUCUUUAUUUUUUUGUAAACUUGGAAAGUGUUGUUGUGAAAUGCUGUAAUAAAGAACACAGGCUAUUUAUGAUGUUCCCCUUUGGUACUGGAGCGUGGUUGACGCAGAGACUUCAGCAAACAAAAUUCCUAGAAGUUCUCAAAUGAUUACACAUGACCUAGUAUAUUAAGAGGAAAUAAAAAAUGCAAAAGUGGAAACAAUUGUGUUCUGUACAUACUUUUUUCUUUUUAAUUCAUUAUCGAUGGGGUCAUGCGGAGGUAUUGGAACAAGAAAUGUCCUUUUGCCGCAACCCAGUCAGCGACAAUGGAUGCAUUUGUAAAAUAUAUAUUUUGUGAAUAGUGUUUGUAGAUGUGCCGUCUUUUCCGAUUAUAAAUACAAGCGGAAAUUUCAGGUGCGCAGUCUGUUUUUCAUGUCAAGAUCUAAGCAUUUUCUAGGCACCUGUUGACAACAUGGAGCAGAAACACUGUGACAUCAAACCAAUAAACAUGUACUAUUUCUCAA